UCUAAAAGAAUGAAAGGGAUUUCAUACAGUUUCUUUACAAAAACACAAGAAAAGGAAAAAGAGUGAAUAAAGGCAGAACAUUUCCCAAACAGAAUAUGAGACCAUUGGGUUAAACAAUGUGACUGAUGCAAACUCAAUGAGGGAUCUGGACAACCAACCUGAGGAAGGAGAAAAAGGGACUUGUAGAUCAAAAAAAUAAAGGAUGCCUUCAGCUCAAAGUGCCUCUUUCCUUUCCAUUCCAAGCAUCCUCAGGUCCCUAGAACAUCAUGGCUCCUGAUGCUGCACACUCUGAUUGGCCAGCUCCAGCAGAGCUCAGAGGAGCCAUGGGGAACCUCACCACUGUCACCGAGUUUGUCCUGCUGGGGCUCUCGGAUGCCUGUGAACUGCAGAUGCUCAUCUUCCUGGGGCUCCUCCUGACCUACCUCCUCACUCUGCUGGGGAACCUCCUCAUCGUGGUCGUCACCCUCAUGGACAGGCGCCUCCACACCCCCAUGUACUACUUCCUCCGCAACUUUGCUGUCCUGGAGAUCUGGUUCACCUCAGUCAUCUUCCCCAAGAUGCUGACCAACAUCCUGACCAGACAUAAGACCAUCUCCCUAGCAGGCUGUUUCUUACAAAGUUUCCUCUAUUUCUCCCUGGGCACCACAGAGUUCUUUCUCCUGGCAGUGAUGUCCUUUGACAGGUAUGUGGCCAUAUGUAACCCCUUGCAUUAUGUCACCAUCAUGAGCAAAAGAGUCUGUGUCCAGUUAGUCCUUUAUUCAUGGAUGACAGGAUUCCUUCCUAUUGUCGUUCUAAGUUUCAUCAUAUUUCGGCAGCCAUUCUGUGGCCCCAAUGUCAUUAAUCAUUUCUUCUGUGAUAACUUCCCGCUCCUGGAACUCAUAUGUGCAGACACAAGUCUGAUAGAGCUCCUGGGUUUUAUUAUGGCCAACGUCAGCUUACUGGGCACCCUGUUGGUGACGGCCACCUGCUAUGGCCACAUCCUCCACACCAUCCUGCGCAUCCCCUUGGCCAAGGAGAGGCAGAGAGCCUUCUCAACCUGCUCCUCCCACAUCAUUGUUGUGUCUCUCUUCUAUGGCAGCUGCAUCUUCAUGUAUGUCCGGUCAGGCAAGGGCCGCCAGGGGGAGGACAGGAACAAGGUGGUGGCCUUGCUCAACACUGUGGUGACCCCGGUGCUCAACCCUUUCAUCUACACCCUGAGGAACAAACAGGUGAAGCAGGUGUUUAGCGAGCAAAUGAGCAAGCUCCUUUCCUAAAGAUGAGCUGAACAUGAGAGUGGGAGAAAGCUGACUCCUUACCUGAAUCUGUAAACAUAGCUCCAUCCUAAUCUCCACGAAUUAUCCCCUCCUAGACAGUUUUAUUUGUUUGUUUUGUUGCUACACCCAUGGCAUGAAGAAGUUCCUGGGCCAAAACCAUGCCACAGUAGUGACCUGAGCUGAUGCAGUCACAAUGCUGGAUUCUUAACCCAC